AUGGUGAGUCUGAGUGCAUUAGACACGUGAGGGAUUCAUUUUAUACAGUGCGCAUCCCGUUCAAUUAAAAUCACAGGGAUUUGCUGUGGAUAUUAUUCGGGACAGGGUUCGUCAUUGUGUCUGCUUGUGUGAUCUCGACUGUGACGCCGUGAGAGUGGAAGAGAGAUAAAGAGAGAGAGAGAGAGAGAGAGAGGAAUCCAGUGAUCCAGCCAGCGGAGUUCAGAGCCAGAGUCACGGGACAGACAGCAAUGAGGGAGAUCUGGGGGGAGUGGACAGACAGGGGAUGAAGACAGGACAGUGGACAGGAGAGACCCAACAUGCCGGUUUUAAACAUCCAAAAUGAGGAAGCGUACGAUAACUUCGCCGUGGAAGCAUAUCUUGCUUUGGAGCCCUCUUCUUAUUCCCACCCCGGCUCUCAGAGCCUCUCCAAAGUCCUCAGUGCCGAUCGUGUGGAGCAGAUGACCAAGACUUACAAUGACAUUGAAGUGGUCACGCACCUUUUGGCCGAGCGAGACAGAGACUUGGAGCUGGCAGCUCGGAUCGGCCAGUCGCUUCUGCAUAGAAACCACCUGCUGCAGGAACGAAAUGAGGCUGUAGAGGAGCAGCUAGCACAGGCUCUGGACCAGGUUCACCAGCUGCAGCAUGAGCUCAGUAAGAAGGAUGAGCUGCUGCGGAUGGUGGCCAGCGCCUCGGAGGAGAGCGAGACCGACUCCAGCGUGUCCACCCCUCAGCGGCAGCCUCAGCCGCCGGGGGGAACCGCCGCCGCCGCUCUCAGCCAGCUGGAGUCGCUGCACAACAAGCUGCAGGAACUGGAGGAGGAGAACCUGUCGCUGAGGUCGGAGGCGUGUCAGCUGAAGAGAGACACCAUCACCUACGAGGAGAAGGAGCAGCAGCUCGUGAGCGACUGUGUCAAGGAGCUACGUGAGUCCAACAGCCAGAUGGUGUCUCUGACAGACCAGCUGUCUCAGAAGAGCGAGGAGCUGCUGCGACACCAGGAGGAAAUCGCUCAGCUGCUCUCACAGAUCGUAGAGCUGCAACACAGAGUGAAGGAGCUGGCUCUGGAGAAAGAGGAGCUGAGGAUCCACCUGCAGGCCUCCAAAGAUGCUCAGAGGCAGCUCACAGCAGAGCUGAAUGAGUUGGCAGAAAGGAACGUUGAGUGUGUGGAGAUGCUUCACGAGUCGCAGGAGGAGAUCAAGGAGCUGCGCAGUAAAAACACUCCCUCUGCUGGGAUGCGACGGCACCUUUCCUACGGCCUUUACCCCAUGGACUCGCUGGCAGCAGAGAUCGAGGGCACCAUGAGGAGGGAGCUGAGCGUGGAGGAAGAGACGGCCUUUCAGGACCAAAGAAUUUCCCAGAAGCGAGUCUUCCAGACAGUCCGCUCUGUCAACGCCUCGGCAUCGCGGACGCCUCUGGCCACUCCUCCUAUCCCUGGUUCUGGACAGAGCUCGCUAGUGAUGACUGCUCAGCCCUUCCAGUCUGCUCAGGGGGAGGAGGUGCGACUGGGUCAGCCGGGCUGUCCAGGAGGAAAUGACCUCACCAGAGCGCUCCACCGCCUGUCGCUACGGCGGCAGAACUUCCUGUCUGAGCGUCAGUUCUUCCAGGCGGAGCGCGAGAAGAAGCUUCAGGCGCUGUCGGUGGCAGAGGUGGACGGCGAGGAGAGCGGCUGCAGCUCGCCGAUGGCCAGCGUUCUCUCCUCCUUCUCCAACCUGUCGGAGCUCUCCUUCAGCUCCAGCGUUUUCAAGACCUUCCUGCCUGAGAAGCUUCAGAUUGUCAAACCCAUGGAAGGCUCACUGACCCUCCAUCACUGGCAGCAGCUGGCCAAACCCCACCUGGCCACCAUCCUGGACCCGCAUCCCGGCGUGGUGACCAAAGGUUUCCGCCCGCUGGCUCAGGACGCGGUGUACCGGCUGUCUGACAUGGAGGAGGACGAGGAGGACGAAGAGCACAGAGAGGCUGGCGUCCUGGAGAAAGGGGCGGCAGAGAGGGGUAAAGAAGAGGAGGAUGAGGAAGAGGAGGAAGGAGGGAUCACCUUCAACGUGCGCUGUUCGUCUACGCCAGAGGAGAGGAAGGACAGGAAGCAUUCGGUGUCACCCCUCCCCGUCCCCCCUCUCUCCUCCACCCUGCCGGCAUCACCAGCCGCCUCCUCAUCGGUGAGAUCAGACGUCUGUCUAACGCAUGUCGCAGAUAAACCCAUCCCUCCAGCUCAGCCCAUUCCAGGAGCCUCGACAGCAACGGUCCAAUCGCAGAGUCUCGUUAGCACCUCGGCAUCAGCAACCGCUUCUUCCUCUGUCCAAAACCCAGGCAAGUGUCAGAGCUCCACCUUCUCCACCUACACCUUCACCACCUGUCGCAUUCUGCACCCCAGUGACAUCACACAGGUGACCCCAAGUUCUCAGUCGUCCCUGAUGGCCAACACCCCCAGCUCCAUGAGGACGGGACCCAGCACCCCUGUGACUCCCUGCAGGCUCAGUCUGGGUGACUCUUUCCCCCCUCGGCGGCCCCCUGCCCCUCCCAGCGGUCUGGCCAAGCUGGUCCUGGAGAGGGGCAUUUCUGCACAAGUCUCCACUGACACCCCCCCUGCAUCCCCCAAACCCGCCCCCCGGCAGCCCCUCUUCCACCUUCUGCCCAGCACCCCCCCUAACUCCCCUUCACACUCCCCCGCUCCCUCUCCUGUUCCUAUGGAGCCCCGGCAGCACUCGGCUGAUAAUUUCCUGGCCUCUCGGCCAGCAGAGCUUUUCCUCCAAGACGUUUACGGGUUGAACCUGGGCCGCUCCCCCCAUCCCGACCUGCCCAGCCCCUCCCAGGAAACCCCAGCCCUCGUCUCGACAACCAAGUCGGGCCGAGCCAGGCCAGACCCGGGUAACGUGGGCCUGGUGGAGAGGCUGCGGCGGCUGGGGUUCACUAAGGUGCUGCACGGUUCUGAGUCUGACGCUUCGGUGCCUCGCCAGGAUUCUGCCACUUUUGUGUCAGCGGGCGGAGGAAGCCUAUUGGACGGCCUGAGGCGGAAUCAGAGCCUCCCAGCCAUGAUCGGAGUCCGAGCGGGAAAGUCAGCCGGUAACCCUGCACCUCCUCCUCACCCCACCUCCCUGGCUCUCCCCCCACCUCCAUGGGGGAACCUUAAAGAACGCCGCAGACAUCUUGCCUCCGUCUCCAACCCCCUGUCGAGUUCAGCCAAGCGCUGAGGGGAGGAAGUAGGUCCAGAACCCUCCCCUCCACCUCUCCUCCUUUCUGCCUUUGGAGAGAGGAGUCAGGGCCAGAACAAUCCCUCCUUUUUAUGACUUCAUUUUAAAGCACAAUUUAACUGAACUGUUUUUAGCGACGCUGCGGUGCCUGUGUGUAGAUGUCUGCCAUGAUGCUAGUUAAUAAGGCCUUAGCUUGCCUCUGAGUGGGUUAUUCUCUUCUCAGUCACAUAUUAAAUAGUUCUCUGGAUGUUCAGGUAGGGGAAGAAAAAAGGACAAGUAAGUGUUUGAGGGUUUGUGGAAGUGGAUCAGAAGAGAGAAAGAGUGAAGGAGAUGUGUGAAAGCGAGGGACAGUGUGAUCUGUGCAUGUUUAGAAGACAAAGGAAGAUGGUGAAGAGAGAGACUGAGCAUCCGGAGUGUUGAUGUUUCAAGGGCUUGUUCUGUAGUGGGUUAGAAAAGCUUUAGUCAGUAGUAGAACAGCAUUGCCCAGUGAGAGGUUUAAGGACAUAUGCCUCAGCCUUGACAGUCAGAAGAGAAGUGAUCCAACUUGCUUUUAUUACUUGAGGACUAGCUGGAAGGCUUUAAGCGCUCGCUGGCUUAUCAGCAUACUGCCAGGCUAAUCUCGUAGUCAGACCAUGCCUCUAAACACGCCAGUAUUAAUUAAUACUAUCAUGAUUUUACAGUAGUCCAGUGUUGCACGGAUGUCAGGUGACUGUUCAUGUGCCGUGGCCAAGCGUCUGCAUGAAAAGCAACCUUGCCUACAGGUCCCAGCAUGCACCUGUCUGCAGAUGGGUGGGGCCAGACUGAAGGCGAGGCCAGAACCAAAUCGGGCACCAGGCAAACAAAAGAGAAAAGGGUCUGCCUUUUCCUUCAGGUCCUUGUGUUUUGGGUGUUUUUUUUUUAAUGGUAUGAGGCCUUAAGUAGAAGCCAGCACUGUUCUGAUUUGAGUUCCUGUUAAGCCAUGUUUGUACAUUAGUUGCACUCAGUGGGGGUUGGAGGUUCUGUUCAUUUCAGGAUCACUGCUCGGUUGAAAAGGGUUAAAACGUUUGGCCUUUGAAAGAGAAUUGGUACAGUUUUCAGCCGUCGUGCUCGUCUCAGGCCUGCUCAGGUUAAGAGGGAAAAACCACUGACACAUUACUGAUGCUGAAUAUGAUACAAGUGGUUGUUUUCUGUGUUUAAAAUGUCUCGGAUGUCUCUCACGGAUGUUCACACGUUGACCAGCAGGUGGGAGCAUCUCCACAGGAAAGCAUCUGAACGAUUACUAAACCUUAUGAAAUUAGACACAUUAGAGCUUUGUGCUUGACCCCCUGUGACCCCUCAACCUUCAGUGCUGCUGUUCCUAACAUCCAUCCACCCUGCAGACCCUCACACUCAGUAACUGCACUUUUACUUUUCUAUUUAACCUUUAUUUUACUGACAACAGAUAUAAGAUUCUAACGUAUUGAUGAGGAAAAUUUAGCAUAACGUGUGCCUGUUGUAACACUGUCGGCUAACAUUUUGUCAUGAGAUUUUAAUAUAUGUAGCAUUUUGUUUUGCUUUUCACAUGAAGGGAAUCCAAAUCAAGCUAAAAGUGUUAUUUUUAUUUUGGAAGAAGUGGAAUAUUCUGGCUUACACAUCUCUGUUUGUGACAGAUUUCAGACUAAUUUGCGGUAACAUUUUGAAAAGGUUGAAGAGCUCCAGCUAAAUGUUUUGUAUGUUUGUGACAAGGAAGACACAUUCAGACUGUUCAUACCUGUAGAUUAGCUGUAGUUGUCCAGUUGUUUAGGUUUGUGUCUUUCUUUGACUGAAAUAUACUUCCUCAUGUCUCCCCUCUGAGAUUCCUGUUCCCGUCAUGGCUAUUAUUCAGUUGCCUCUUUUUUAAAAUAAAGCAAUAUAAAUGUA